GAAGCCCUCCAAGCAAGUCACUGAAAGCUAAGGAAGGAAAGUUUCUUAGUUUCCUAAUUUCACCACCAUUUUCAUCACCAUUUCUAUCUCUUCAAUCUCUCCUUAAUUUCUCUUCUCUCUUUCUCUGAGAUCGCGACGACGGCUGGUUUUUCAGAAACUUCUAUAAGGAUCUUCUUCUUUGCCCUUGAAGUAAUAACUGGUUAAUGACGAGGGAAGCUAUGGAGGAUCGUGGAAAUAAUAACAACAACCAUAGUCAUAGAGAGAGAUAUGAGCAUUUUAUGCAGGAUUCAUGUUGUACACAUUUCUGUAUCGGUCCAAGUCCUUUGAUGGCUCGAUACAUAUAUGGCUUAUUUUUUCUUGUUACGAGUUUAUUAGCAUGGACAAUUCGAGAUUAUGGCCAUGCUGCGCUUUCUGAGCUAAUGAGUAAGCUUCCCCUUCUUCUUGAUUACUACUGUAUAGCAUGUUCGGAUUUGUUUCGUAUCAGUUUGGGCUGUUUUUUAUUCUUCUUCAUAAUGUUCCUCUCAACUGCUGGCACGAAGAAAUUGGAGGAUCCUAGAAAUUCAUGGCACUCCGAAUGGUGGCCUGCCAAAGUCAUAAUGUGGCUGUUUUACUUGGGAAUCCCUUUCCUGGUUCCCUCGGGAUUUAUCGAAUUCUAUGGGCGGAUUGCACAUUUUGGUGCUGGGGUGUUUCUAGUGAUUCAGCUCAUUAGUGUGAUCAGUUUCAUAACAUGGUUGAAUGACUGUUGCAGAUCAGAGAAAAAUGCAGAAAGAUGCCGAAUCCAUGUAUCAGUCAUCUCAAUUGCAUCAUACGUUGCCUCAAUCAUCGGCAUUGUGUUGAUGUACAUUUGGUACGCGCCAAAGCCAACCUGCAAGCUUAACAUCCUCUUCAUCACACUCACUCUCGCUCUUCUCCAAGUCACUACCUUUGUCUCGGUUCAUCCAAAAGUAAAUGCGGGACUUCUUGCACCAGGAUUAAUGGGGACUUACAUUGUGUUCCUUUGUUGGUGUGCUAUCAGGAGUGAACCAAAUACAGAAAUCUGCAAUAGGAAAGCAGAAGCUGCAACAAAUGCAGAUUGGCUUACUAUUGUGAGCUUUGUCGUCGCUAUACUUGUUAUUGCAGCGGCAACAUUUUCGACAGGGAUAGACUCCAAAUGUCUUCAGUUCAAGAAGAGCGAAGCAGAGUCAGAAGACGAUGUACCUUAUGGUUAUGGCUUCUUCCAUUUUGUAUUUGCCAUGGGAGCUAUGUACUUUGGAAUGCUCUUCGUUGGAUGGAAUACACAUAAAACUAUGAAGAAAUGGACAAUUGAUGUGGGAUGGGCCAGUACCUGGGUAAGAGUUGGUAAUGAAUGGCUCGCGGCGCUUAUUUACAUUUGGAUGCUUGUAGCGCCGCUGGUUUGGAAGAGAAGAAGAGUAGAAGCCUCAUAAAUACAUGCAAGAUAAUUCUUUUUCGGUUGAUCACAGUAGGCUCCGCGAAGAUAGAAAACUUACAGUCUCUUCAAAGCUUUACAGAAUGAUGUUCGUUUCACAAACUGCUGACGGGUCGAACAUCAAUGAUGUCAAUUUAGGGACACUGCAGUGUCAAGAAGAAACUUCAACUACAAAUGAUAAGUAGAAGUUCCACGGACUCUUGUAAUUACUAUAAGUGCUUGUAAAUAUAGCUUCAGAUCUCUAUUAUUUGCAGAAAUUGUGACAAUGAAGGCUCUCAUUAGA